UUUUUGAAUUUGAUAUAUAAAUUAUCAAAGCUGUCACUUUAAAAAUUAUAGGUUGUAGACAUAAUCUGUAUUCUCAUCAUCAGUUUCAAAACUUUCCGUUAUUUCUCAACAACGGCUGGAUAGUAUAUUUUAUAAAUAUAGAUAGCUAUUGUUUUGCUUUUAAUACUACCCGUGAUUAAAAGUUAAGGGAUUGAGAACUUCAAAUAAUUCCAAAUCAUAUUAAAUGUUUUAUUAAGUUGUUUUUGACAUAAGAACAAACCGCCGACCUAAUAGAUCGAAUGUUUACUAAUAUUUCUUCCUUUAAUUCGUCGAACUUUAAAAAUGAUAAAUGUGGUUUAAACAAUAUAUACUAUAACUAUAAUAGUCGUUCCAAUCGCGAAAUAAAAAACAGUGAAAUAAAAACUGAAAAUAUGCUGUCGUCACGAGUUAGUACUAUUGCUUCUGAUGAAAGCUUUAUCACUCCUGUUUCAUCAGUGGAUGAUCUUAUGGCACUAUCACCCAAAAAAUCAAGAGAAAUCUCUGAUCAAACUAAUGUUACGAGUGACUUUCUCACAGGUAGCGAUUUUGAUAGUAUAUGUGAUAUAACUAUGCAAGAAGUACCAAUUUGCGAUGAUAUGUUUAUGGAUGCUCACAGCUUAGAUUACCUCGUUAAAUGUGCAGAAACAAAUAGAAAUCAAACUUUGAUCGAUAGAGGAAAAGAAAGUUUAUUUGUGAAAUUUGAUCCACUUUAUGCGAAGAAAAUGAUGCAAGAUGCAUCUGAUAAUGCUCAAAACUCACAAACAGAUUCUUCUGAAUGUGAUAUUGGCUAUGAGACUAGCAGUACAACAUCAGUUUUAACUGAAAAUGUUACUGAAACUCAUAAACACACUUCGUCAACAGCUUCAAUGAUUUCUAAGAACGGAAAAGAUAAACCAACUCAGGUCGUGCCACCUGUUGUAAGCAGUGAUGUUCCAAAGCCUAGUACAACACAGACUAAACCAAUACCAGCUCUAGUGCGAAGUGUUUCUGCCAUACUUACACCAAGCCAAGUAGCAACAGACAGACUUAUAAAUUUUGCUGGCAACACCCCUCCAACAGCUGCUCCAAGAAGUCCACGUCGUCCACAGUAUGGGGCAGAAGUUGAUCGUCUCCAGUCAUUAAGAAUUAUUUUACAGAAUCAGGAUCAAGAGGUCUUGCUUUUAAGACAGGAAAACAGAGAGUUAAAAUCGUCUUUACAAGAUAUUGAACACAAAUUUUCCCGCACAAAAGAAGAUCUAGAAAGUAAAAUAAAAAAAUUAACUGAUGAAAAAGAUAUGUUACAAGAAAAAGAAAGUAGAUUGGUUCAGCAAGUUAAUGACAAAACGAUAAAUAAUAAACAAAUGUGUAUUGUGAUGGAGGAAUAUGAAAAAACCAUUUCUUCUAUAAUUGGUGAGCAACAAAAAGAAAGAAUAUUGUCACAGGAAAACUUAGAAAAACUAACAUUAGAAAGAGAUCAAGCACUUAAUCAUCUCUCAAGUAUGGAAAGCUCUUUUAAUGAUUUGUUAACAAAGUAUGAGAAGUGUAAGACUUUGAUCCUGGAUUCUAAAGAGAGGGAAAGAGUUCUUAAUCUGAAAAUAGUCGAGUAUGAGGCAGGAUUGGAGAAAUAUGAAAUACUGUAUAAUAAUCUUAAGCAGGUUACGGCGGAUAAUUUAGAUAAAGCAAAUGAAACACUGGAAAAUAUUAAAAAGGCUCACAAUGUUGAAAUCACAAAAUUAAAUGCUACAAUUAAAAAACAUGAUAUUAUGAUAUCCUCUCUUCAAGAGUCAUUGAUACAAAAAACAAGAGAUAAUGAGGAAUUGACUAGAAUAUGUGAUCAACUUAUCAAUGAAGUUCGCUAACUAUCAACAGCUCAAGAUAUGAUUUGUAUUUUAACAUAAACCCUGUUUUCUAAGAAGUUUCUAAGAAUAAUUAUUAAUAAUAACUUAUUCUUGCAUUUUUAGUAGUAGCACUUGUUUGCUCUAGAGAUAGCAUUGUGAUUCCUAUAAACAUUUUUUUGCACUUAUAAUUUUAUUUGGUAACAAUUACUUAUGCUAUGUUAAAUUAAGAAAGAAAAUAAUUGUUGAGAUGUCUAAUGAUACAAUAAGAUUGAUUUAUAUAGUUUUAAUUCAUUUAAGACGUUUUAUUGACAAACAAGAGCCAUAGAAGUGAAUUUGACUUUGUUUUAUUUAAAAUUAUUGUGGUGGUGCUUUUUAGGUUUUUUUUUAAUAUUAUUAGAACUGUUAUGUUCAUUUAGUUGUAUAAAAUAUUUUGCUUUGCUGAAUCUCAUAAGUUUUGUUAAGAAAUUAUUUUUUAACUUUUAAAUUUAUUAAUUUGUAUUAUUAACUCUUUAUUGACACUUAAAUUGC